AUGGCAGGAGGGCCUACAGAGAAUCAACAUAUCAUCAAUAUGAUGGGCGAUCCUCACUUUAGCGAAGCUCACAACCACCAUCGCCAUCACCAGCAAGCUCACCAGCAACACCUACAGCACACCAAUGCAGCUGCCCACCCUGGGGGUUCACCCUACGCCAGUGUCUCUUCGCCGGGACACCGCUCUCCUCUACCUCACGGCGCUUCAACCAAUGGGCCUGGGUUCGAUCAGCUGGACAGCACGGCGGCAUCUGCCUAUGCUACCCCGCGCCUGUCUCUGUCAGCCGCACCAUCCAGUAGCAAGGAUAGUCUUUCCAGGUCACUUAGCUUAGGUGGUGCUGGAUUCGGUCAGCAUCAGUCGUCUGCUCAGCAUCUCCAGCAGCGCUCCUCGCCUGGCCGCUCUUCCUACGCUUCACCCGCCUCGAGUUCGAUUCCCCUCUACUCGUCUGCAAUGCCUCCUGCCUCGUCUCAGAUGGUAUCUUCCUCUUCCAGGUCAGGAGCAAGCCAUAAACAGAGUCUCCUACCCACCAUCGCUACGCCUUACAGCACCGAUUACCAACCACGGUCACCUGUGCCUCUGGACAACGGCCUUCUGAUACAUCCUCGGCCCCCGAGCCAGGGCUUCGCUCCACAACAAUCAUCGUACGCAUCCGGAUACCCCGUAACUUCCGCCGAGCGGCCGCCGAGUGGUUUUGAUGGCGGGGGAGGAUCUACUUACCAAAGACUCGAGGCGGGAUAUGGAGGUAUGGGCUCCGGCGUCAGCGGCAGCUCAGCAGGCAAGGCAAGGAACGUGGAAUACGCGCCUUUGAAUUCACACUCGCGGCAAGCAUCGCCGGCGGGAGCUUCUGGUGACCAGGCGUACGCUCGCUACUAUGCCUCUCAAGCCGGCCUAUCGCAUCAGAACGAUGCUGGGAAGGAUUCUCUGCCGUAUGCAUACACAGCGCGCCGCUCCUCGGGUCAGCAGGGAAUCAAUGUUCCUUCCUGGUCAAGCCCGUCACAACCUACUACAGCACUGCCGCAUAUUGCACCUCCCCCAGCGAGAGGCUAUUCGCAGCAGCAAUGGGAUGACCCUCAAGGGAUGGCGUUGACCCGGAGCACCUCGGGUAAAGUGAGAGCAACAGAGGAGAAGAGACUGCUGAGGAUACCGCCGCCGCCUAAAGAGGAAGGCCUGAGGAGGAUAAGGGACCUCAAUGAUCUGCGGCCUAAGCUGGAUCAAGUGGCAGCAGCCACGACGAGAAGAGCUGAUCCGGCGGGAGGAUUUGUCAGUCCUCUGAAAGCUAUGACCUCGUACCUGCAUCACACAUAUCAUCUCGUCAAUCCGUCCUUCAUCUAUGAGCUCUCAUUCAAUCCGCGGCGAGUCCUUACGAAGCCAAGCAAACCCAUGCACAACAAUGGACAUGACAAUGAGGACAGCGACUACAUCCUCUACGUCAAUGACUGGCUAGGCAACGAAGAGGGCAACCGGUACCUCAUCUUGGACAUUCUUGGUCAGGGAACAUUUGGUCAAGUAGUGAAGUGUCAAAAUAUGCGUACACAUGAGAUUGUUGCUGUCAAAGUGAUCAAGAACAAGCCAGCGUAUUACAAGCAGAGUAUGAUGGAAGUGACCAUCCUGGAAAUGCUCAAUGUGAAUUGGGACCCAGAGGACAAGCAUCACAUCUUGAGGCUACGGGAUACUUUCAUCCAUGCUGAGCAUCUCUGUCUCGUCUUUGAGCUGCUGUCUUCAAAUCUCUACGAGCUCAUCAAGCAGAACUCUUUCCGCGGUCUCAGCACGAGUCUAGUCAGAGUGUUCACCACACAACUGCUGGACGCUCUGACAGUUCUGAAUGAGGCAAAUUUGAUCCACUGCGAUCUGAAGCCCGAGAACAUUCUUCUCCGGACGCUGCAAACGCCAUCGAUCAAGCUAGUGGACUUUGGCUCAGCUUGUCACGAAAAGCAGACAGUGUAUACGUACAUCCAGUCUCGAUUCUACAGGUCUCCAGAAGUCCUCCUUGGUCUGCCGUACAAUUCCGCCAUCGACAUGUGGUCGCUCGGCUGCAUUGCUGUGGAGCUCUUCCUUGGUCUACCUCUCUUCCCAGGGACUUCAGAGUACAAUCAGAUGUGUCGUAUUGUCGAAAUGCUCGGACUACCCCCUGCAUUCAUGCUAGAACAGGGCAAGCAGACCGGCGAAUUCUUCAACGUCUUCUCUGACGAUUAUGGGAGGAAGAGCUAUCGUUUGAAGUCUCGGGAGCAAUACACGAAGGAGCAUCCUCAGUUGGAGCCUGAACAGCCUAGCAAGGUGUACUUCUCUGCCACAACGCUGCCGGAGAUCAUCAAGACGUACCCUCUGUCCAGGAAGAGCGGCAGACCUGCUGACGCCCAGAAGGAGAUGGCGAAUCGGGCGUCAUUCGUCGACUUCGUUACCGGUCUGUUGGACAUGGAUCCGCAUGAGCGCUGGACGCCUCAAGAGGCAGUGCUACAUCCUUUCAUCACUGGCGAGAAGUUUGUCAAAGCUUUCAAGCCUCCGAGGACUACUAUCGAAGAGACGAGGCCGUCAUCGAGUCGCAUGGAUCCCAACAAGCAUCAGUUCGGAGGCUUGCCGCAAACAAAUACAAGAGCUUCCGGGAGGGCCUAUCACGACGCUGCUGCUUACAAUCAGCAUCUUGCCCAGCAGCAGGCCUACAACACGGCUCACAAGGUGCGGCAGUCGGUCCCUGUGAUAAACAAUCCUUACGCUCAAGACCAAGCCGUUGCUGCCUCUGCCCAGGCGAAGGCACAGCAGCAGCAGGCUCACGCCCAUGCUCAGGCCCAAGCGCAAGCUCAUGCUCACGCUCAAUUGCAGGCAGCUCAAGCUCACGCCGCCAUGAUCGGCUACGGAGGGACAUUGCCUGGUCUCAAUGCUGUUCCUGCUACUGGCGUGCCAGCUGCGAGUAAUGGCAAGAAUGGCACAGCGAGAAGUCGAUCCGACACCUACAGCGGCCCCAUGACGGGUAGUGGCGCCUACAAGGGUGGUAGUCUUGGCAUCAAUACCUCCGGCAUGGACGCCUCGACGACGCCUAGCAGAGAGGAAUGGGAGAGGCGGCAACAGCAGCAGCAGCAACGGCAACAGAAUGGAGGAGCUCAGUCAAUGGGUCCUUCCCAGUAUGUUCAGCUAGAUCUUCUGCAGCCAAGCGGCGAUGGAGGGGCAGGAUGGCAGCAACAGGCUCACGGACAGGGAGCCGGGGGUAACUGGUUGCCUCAGACGACAAGCCCUUCGUACACUUCACCAAGACAGGGCUCUUCGCAGACUCCCUCUCGGCAGUACCAAGGUGGCCAGCCAAACUUCUCCGUGAUCGUCGAAGGCGCGCAUGAUCGUCAGUCGCUGCAGCACACACACGACGCCGCUGCUGCUCUAGCCGCUGCACGCAACUCGCCUUCUGCCAUGUCUCCGCAAGCCGCUGCCGAAGCGGCCGCCAGGGCAGGCAGUGUCGGUGCUCCCUCAUCUGCCGCGUACGCCUCGAGCAACCGGAACCCCUCUACCUCCGCUCGCUACGGUACUUCGAGUGCCACUGCUGUAAGGGGAGGCGGCGGAGGCGGCGCAGCUGGAGUGAGCAGUGCAGGGAGAGGAGGUCAAUUCUCUCCAAAUUCCUCUGCGCCCUUCCCUUUCGACGCCUUCGAUUCGGCUCAACCCUCUAUUGCUCAGCUCAUGCCGGCAUUGAAGCCUCAGCAGUACCAUGCUGGCAGUGCAGGUAGUGCAGGAAGCUCGUCGACGAAUCUUCAGCAGCUCCAGCCCCAGCGGCACUCCAUGAUCCUCCCUCCGAGCGGCAUGAGCGGGUACCGACAAACAGGCGGGGGCGCCGGUGCUGGAAGUGGGGGAGGGGCAGGCUUGCGACUCUCCUCGCCCCUCUCGGGCGGCUUGUCACCCACCUCGGCAGGCUUCGACGAUCACUUUGUCGGCGGCCCUCAGGGCAGCAAUACUGCUGGUGGUGGUAGGUCGCAGGGCCAAGCUCUGCAUCCUCAACAGCGGCAGCAACAACAGCAGCAGAAUGAUCGGAGGUACUCCUCGCAUUACACCCAGCAGCAGCCGGAUUUGACGCGCUUCUAGCGGUUGCUGAGAUGAGCUGAAACGAACUCUGCGGAGCUAGGCUGCAGGAAGCGGGCAAGGCUAUGAGAGGGUGGGUCGCCGGAGGUGAAGCGGUACAGGCUGUAUUCUCUAGUAGUGGGCAUUGUCAUCGUCAUCGUCAUCGUCGAACAGCCAAAGAAGGGUACGGCUGACCGGGGCAUUUGGGACGAUGGUCAAUGGAAAGGAACGCAGAGAAAGCAAUGGCGGACAAUUGACGGCCAGUCAGAGGAACAUUUGGGGGAAUUGUACCUACUCUUUUCUCCCUCGUCACACCCCUCCCUUUACCUCUACCAUCUCGUCACGAGAUUGUGCUCCUCCUCUCCUCCCUCGAACCAUCCAUCUACGAUGAAAUCAUAUUCGCGAUGGAUACACACACAUGCACGCACGCAGGCACACCUGCAACCACAUUUGCCGGGAUUCAGGUUAUACAUUUACACAGAUC